AAGUUCAGAAAUAGUUCAAACUGACAUGCACAAUAACUUGACCUACUUCUUUAAAAAUUACCUGCUGUGGGAGGAAAGUGUUUGAAUUUUAGUGGGGUUUUCCAAAAUCAAUCAACAUGACAGGCAACAGUUCCUGGAGUUUUGUGAAACCGGCUUUUACGCUUUUACGUAACAUCACAUGCAGCCAGCAGGCAUAAAAGGCUGGAGACGUCUGAGGAGAGGAGCAGAGACUUAAAAGCAGCAAACAUGAAGAAGAUUGUUAUUCUGAUGCUAGCAUUCGGCUUCUGUCUUUCUGAUCCUGGAACUGAUGAGAAUCACAGAGUCUGUCAGACUGCAGGCUCAGCUAGCUGCUGUGACAUCUGUUCUCUCACAUCUGUAACUCAAAAAGUGGGAGAACUGGGGGAAAAGGUUGUAAAUAUGGCAGAAAAAAUUACUUUUCUGGAGACCAGGCUGCAAAACGCUGAAAAAGAAGUUCUGGAGUUACGGAGCCUCACUGCAGGCUCUCCUCAGGUGGCUUUUUCAGCAGCUCUCAGGGAUUCUGGUUCUGGAAACAUAGGACCUUUUACCACCGCUACCCCAUUGCAGUAUAAAAAGGUUUUCUCCAACACAGGCAAUAGCUAUAAUCCUUCAACAGGUAUUUUCACAGCGAUGGUCAGUGGAAUGUACUUCUUUCGGUUCUCCAUGUUCAACAACCUGGCUUCUCCUCCCAACUCGGUUGUGAGCCUCAUGAAGAACAGCGAACGGCUGACGUCAGUGUGGGACACCAGUGGUACCCCACUCAAGUACAAAAAGGUUUUCUCCAACACAGGUGAUAGCUAUAAUCCUUCAACAGGUAUUUUCACAGCGAUGGUCAGUGGAAUGUACUUCUUUCGGUUCUCCAUGUUCAACAACCUGGCUUCUCCUCCCAACUCGGUUGUGAGCCUCAUGAAGAACAGCGAACGGCUGACGUCAGUGUGGGACACCAGUGGGUCUGACAUCAACGACAUGGGCAGCAACGCCGUGGUCAUCCCUCUGAAAGUGGGAGACAACGUGUUUGUGCAGCUGGAGCCAAACAGGCUCGUCUACAACGACUCGAUGAACUACAACACAUUCAGCGGCUUCCUGCUCUUUACAAUGUGAUGCGUACAACAGCUCUGCAUGCCAGCAUGAUUCUUCAUUAUUUCACAAUAAAGGAACUUGUAAAUCAUACUCUGUCCACAAUGUUUUGAAAAUAAAUAAAUCAGAAAUACCUCCCUUUGUGGGAGUGUGUAAAU